AUGCAAGCAGACGAUAGUCGAUCAGAAUUCUAUCCAUCGAUGGAUCGAUAUCGACAAGCGAUUCGAAACGAGAAAGAAUAUAGCGGUGUUAACAGAGCUCUCGAAAAGCCAGAAACGGAUAUUCAAGUGUCCGAAGAUCAGCCUGUUCUCAAACGGAAUGUACGCUUUCCCAAUCGGCCAACUGUUCAUUUUCAACGGCGAACUCAUAGUCAUACAAACUGUCCGUGGCCACUUGCUCGUCAACCGUAUCGUGGUGACUAUUCGAUUCAUAUGGAUUGGCAUCCACGUUUACCUCAUCAUCGACUAACAUGCCUCUGUUAA